UCUUAUAAAUGCCCAAACCACCACCCACUCCAUCAGUCUCCACCAAAACCAUAAUCGACAAGGCCCUCCUUUUCUCUCUCUCUUACUAUCGCCGGAAAAUGCUAAUUCCGGUGACCUUCUCGUCCAUUCAAAUACCCAUUUUCCAUAUCUCCGAUCAUCGCCGUCACGUUUUCCACGAAAAGCCCUGAACGAAAGCCAUCUUCUUUCUUUGUCCUAUUCCAAAAAUUAUUCCUUUCUUCAUCGCAAGACCAAAAAAAAAAAAAAAAAAAUUUGAUACUAUAAUUCAACAAGAAGGUACCAAUUUCAUGCGAGUAAAUAAAUUUUUGUAGGCUUUUUUUUGGUAGUUUAGUUUUGGGCUAGAUUGACCAGUUGAUCGGACAGAAUUUUGAAACUGUGGAGAAUUUGGCUUGUAUUGCUUGAGAGAGAAUUUAGAAAAGAUGGUGAAUGUGUAUGAACCUGUUGAGUGGUAGCAUUGAUUCACGUUUUAUUGCCUUUCUUGUUCGUGUACAUCUUUGUGUGAAGUAAAUGCAAAGAAUCAGAGGGAGUGAUGGGUUUUGAGUGACAAUGUUUGAUUAAAUUUUUGUGUACUGUUGAGUCUGAGUUUCAAAGCGGAUCGGAGCUUUGAAAAAUGAAGCAGAGCUGACAGGGCGGAAAGGGAUUUGGAGUAUAGACCGGGGCAUACAAUUUUUUUUUUUUUUUUUUUUGUCUGCUUGUUUGUUGCUUUUGGGUGUUAAUUUGAACAUUGAGCAUGCCAUUUCCGAUGAAGAUCCAACCUAUUGAUAUUGAUGCUGAAGAACCUGUUCGAACCGAUACGGUGAAACCAGCGGUGUUGAAAUCGCGGCUGAAGAGGUUGUUUGAUCGGCAAUUCCCUAGUGUUCUGAGGAUAUCGUCGGCGGAGAAGCCCAGCGGUGGCGGCGAAGCCCAUGGAGGAGUAGCAGAGUUGGAGCCGAGCUCCGUUUGCUUGGCAAAAAUGGUGCAGAGUUUUAUUGAAGACAACAAUGAGACAAAGCAGCAGUCUAUAGCGCCGAGCAAGUACGGGCGAAACCGCUGCAAUUGCUUCAACGGCAGUAGCAACGACAGCUCUGACGACGAGUUCGACGACUUUGCUUCUAAUUUCGGAGGCGAUUCUUCCACUGGCACUGGAUCCGAUGUCUUCGAUACGCUCAAGAGUUUAACCCCUUGUACUAGCGUUGCGGAGAGAAACCUGUUAGCAGACGCGGCGAAAAUCGUAGACAAGAACAACAAAAUUAACAAAAGUAAAGAGGAUCUGAGGAAAAUAGUGACGGAUGGACUGUCAUCUCUUGGCUAUGAUUCCUCUAUUUGCAAAUCCAAAUGGGACAAAUCUCUCUCUUACCCAGCAGGGGAAUAUGAAUAUAUAGAUGUGAUAGUGGAAGGGGAAAGAUUGUUGAUGGAUAUAGAUUUCCGAUCGGAGUUUGAGAUAGCGAGAUCGACUGGGACGUACAAGGCGAUAUUGCAAUCUCUACCGUACAUAUAUGUGGGGAAAGCCGAUCGGUUGGGUCAAAUAGCGUCGAUAGUAUCGGAGGCAGCAAAGCAGAGUUUGAAGAAGAAGGGGAUGCACUUUCCGCCUUGGAGGAAAGCUGACUACAUGCGUGCCAAAUGGCUCUCUCCUUAUACACGACGAACAACAACUAAUCAACCUCAAACUCAAACAACCCACACCAUUUCUACCGCUACCACGGACACCGACACAGACAGUGAUUGCGGUGACCUCCAUCUCAUUUUCGGUGACAAAACCACAACCACUCACUCUCACUCUUCGGAUUUUUCCAAUUUUAGUAAUGGCAAACUGAAUGAUGUCUUGCUUACGUGGCAACCACCGGCGGUUAAACCUAAGAGCCUUGACAGAUCACGACCAAAUGCAAAGCCCGUCACCGGUUUAGCUUCUCUCCUCAAAGAUCAUAAACCCUAAACCAAAAUUUUGGAUUUUGUUUUUCCGGUAUUAAAAAAAAAUAUUAUAUAUUUAAAACAUAAUCGUAUUUCGGAGAAUAGUACAAUCCUUUUCUUUU